GUGUAAUCAAUGGGUGGACAAUGUCAUAUUUGGAUGGGAUUGUUUAUCAAUUUUUAUAGAUUUUCCUUGAGAAAACGAUUCAGUCAAUAAAAAUUAACCUUAAAGUUUAUCCAUAUUUCUAUGAAUGUUAUUUUUAUCAUCGAAAAGUAUUUCAACCACGAAGAUUAAUAGUAUUGCAACAUUCCAUCAUUUUCACCCAAAUACCCAAUCCUGUAAUUUACCAUAAUAAUAUAUGUUAUACAAAGUGAAAAUCUAACUAAGUAGAUUAAAAUAUUGCUGUAUUGUUUAUUUAAUUAGAGCGUUAGAGCUAUUUAAAUAUCAGUCACUUAUCACUAUUUUAAAUGUGUUUACGUUAAUGACAGGUAACUUCUGAAUUGUUUCAUUUAUUUACCAUUUAAGACGUAUCUACGACGAACGAUAUUUGGUUUUCAAAUAUGUCCGUCAAGUAUGUAUUGGUCUCUGAUGAAGAAUAUGGUGAAGCAGUUGAGCUUCCGCUCGAAGAUAAUGGUACGCUAUUAUUGUCUACAUUGACCGCUCAGUUUCCAGGAGCGAGUGGUCUGAAGUUUCGCACUGAAAACAAUGUUGUGAGAGGUGUACGAUUAGCUGAUGGUCGGUUCCAUGUACCCGAUAAUGAAUGGGGAAAAACACCUUAUUACUGUGUUUUCCCAAAAGGUAAUUUUAAAAUUCAAUAAUUUUAGUCACAGGCCCAUUUAACACUUCACUGCUGAUCAGUUAAAUGGAAGUGUUUACUCGAUUUUUCAUGUUAUACUUGUACGAGAACGCUCACACUUAAUGACUGGCACUAGUACCAUUCAGAUGAUGGUCAAUGACCCUAAUGUAGUUGUCUUCUCCCACUGAACCAGUUGUCAAUCGGCUUUAAAUUAAUCAGCUUCUUUUUUUAAGGUAAAAGGGAUUGGUCUUGGCCUUGAAACAAUACAAAAUCUCCCAAUAGUUCAUGUUAAAAAUUAGUUAGGGAAAUAUAAUAGUUGAAAAGCUGGAGCAGUGGCGAAACAAUAAUUAUGAGUGUCUCAAUAUUUUAGUUCACUUGAGGUAUCUCCCCCGUACAUCCAAUACUAAACUAGAGUAAAUAAAUUUUCGAUUUUAAUACAGUAAUUCAACAAAUCCCAGAAAAAGGAACAACAAUUUUAACAUUUUAUAGAUAAUAAUUGAUUAUUGCAUAAAAAAACAAAAAAAUAUAACACCAGAACACUUUGACACUUAAGUGACUUUUGACAGACUAAAUUUGGUUCACUCAAAUAAUAGCAUGAGAGUAGUGGUGUGCUCAGGGGGGAGAUUAGGGGUUAAAUUCCCCCUCCAUCAGCUUAAAAAUACAACAAAAUAUGAGUAAUCUAAUAUUGAAACUCAAUUAUUUCAGCUGGUUUUUGAGAAAAAGCUUAAUGUAUUAAUUAGAAAUUGGCUUUUUUUAGGAUCCAGCUUUUAAAUUACCAAUUCUUAUAGUCGAGUUCUGUAGAAAAGAUAAUUUUAUUCAUUUUUCAGAAUUUUUACUUGUUACAUCUCCCAUUGUAAAAUUUAAAAUUCCUGGGCACGCCACUGCAUGAAAGUAUGAAAAAGUCUUCAUAAGUAAUUUCAAUGAAUGAAUGAAUGAAAGGAAUGAAAGAUAUAUUGCAGCUACUCAUUCUUUUGAAAAUACUUUUUUCACAUACAUUUUUACAAUGUGUACAAUAUAUUAUAUUUCCGAGGUUAUUUUUAUUAGAGUUGGUUCCCUACUAGUAAAGCUCGUAAUCUGGGAUCAAUGAAGUACAAACGUGCUGUGGCUGGUUAUAGAUGGGUAUAAAAUGUUAGAAAGAUGUGCAUUUGUUAAGUUGACUAAUCAAUGUUGAGCAAAUGUGGAAUGGGCCUAAUUUUAACUAAAAUUGGUAUUCAUUUAUAAGUAAUUGGUCAGCUCUUUUUAUUUUUAUUUUUUUAAAUUUUUCCUGAAAAUAGAAACUAUUGCACUGUGUUGUGCAAUAGUUAUACACACACACACACAUAUAUAUAUAUAUAUAUGUUCUCAGUACAUUUAGUCACUUUUAUUAGCUCCCUAUAGACAAAUAAGUUAUUUAAUAAGUUACAAGUCAUUAAAGUUGUCUACCAUUUUUCUUUUUAAAAUAUUACUGUUGAUAAUUUUUAAAAUAAUGUUUUAUAGAUUUUAAGUACAAUGAACCAUAAUGAAUUAAUAGUAUAGGACUGUACCAAUAUUACUUUUUAAUAUACAAGUAAAGUGUAUAUAGAUAGCCCUAAUGAUUAGGAAUGUCUUAUUUUCAUAAUAAUAAUACAAUUUAAAUUUUGUAUUGGAAUAAACUGUGAUCUACUAUAAAUUAUAUGUUUGUGACUUAAACCAAAAUAAUACUUGAAUUUUCAUUUUUCAUUACUUAUUAUGGUGUUAAAAAAUGUCUAUUGUCUAAUUAACAGAUUAAUCAGGAUAUUAAUAUUAUGCUGUGAUUAUUAUUAAUUAUAAUUAUGUAAAAUUAAAUUUAGUUUAUGCCUUUAAAGGUAAAAUUAUAACAAAUAUUUUUGGACUAAAAUUACUUAAAAUCUAGUGAUAAAGUAUUAGCUGAAUGUUAUAUUAAGUAAAAGUUAUUAAUUUUUAUUUUUGUAUCAUCUUAGUUGAAAAUAAAAGGAAGAUUGAUGAUAGUGUAGAAAAUCCAACUGCUAAAACAAAGAGAUUAGAGACAAAAUUGAAAUGUUCAGACUUGGUUGUUUUAAAUAUACCAUAUACAUAUGAUGAACAAAAAUUAAAAGAAUAUUUUGGUCAAUUCGGAGAACUACUUAUGUUACAGGUAAUACUUAAAUCUUAAAAACAAAAAUAAACAUUUGUAUAUAAUUGUAUGUACCUGUGUACUAUACAUGGUGAUUUUUUAUCAUGAACCAGUAGUUAUUUCAGAGGAUUUUAAGUAAAUUUGAUUUCUAUUUUUUCUAAUCAUUAUGGAAUCAUUUAAGCUUUAUUUUAAAACCAUUUUUAAUUUUACUCCUACUCCAUAUAUCUUAAAUAAGUACAUACUUUUGAUUUUUAAUCCUCCUUUUGAACACAAAUUUGAAUAGAGAAUACUUUUCUAGAAAUUUUGAUAUGGAUAACACUAAUAACAGAUUUACCGUUUAUGAAUUAUAACAGUUUGUUGAAGUUUAGACCGGAGAAGUAGAAAAGGGUAAUAAAUUGCCUAUCUAUAUAUUCUUUUUACUGUGAGGGUGGGUUACAUAAUUGUUCUGUAAAACACUUACUGAUCUGUAAACAACAUUGGUUGUUCCUAGAACAUUCUGUAAUAUUUACAGACCUGUAAAUUAUUGUAAAUGAUGCCUGUAACUUACACAUUUGAUUUUGUUUUUAUAACUUUUAUGUAUCAAUAUUAUUGUUCAUCACCUACCGAGAUCACAAUAGUGCUACAGUUUUAUUAGUUAUCAUUGUUCAGCAUUAUCAAAUGUAUAUGAUUUAAUUUUUCUGAAACAAUAUUUGAUUUACAAAAAUUUUUUUUUUUUUUUUUCUGCGGCACUAUUAUUCUUUUAAUUUUAGGUGUUUGUAAUAUAUUUAUAGAAUGGUUUUUAUACAAUCCAGCCUGAAUGUACUGAAGAGAUGGUUAAUAUGAUUGUCUACUCGCCUUGAUUUAUUUGCUUAAAUGACUUAUGGAUACAAUCUAGGAAAAAUCGUCAUCGUCAUAAGACCCAUAGAUAUAAGACCAUUUUGCCAUCAAAAAAAAUAAAUAAAAAGAACCCGAUUUAUAUAGCCGUAAUAAUAUAUAUUUAGUUUUGAAUAAUUUGAUUCAAUUGAUUAUGAACAUUUCUAAUUUUAUUUCAUUUUUCUGCGGUAUAGUUCAAAAUAUUACAUUACAUUAGGUAGUUUAUUUAUUAUUAAACUAUAUUAAUCACAUUACUAUCAUAUAUUUAUAUAUAAGUUGAAUAUAAUAACUGUUGUAAUACUUAUUUGGAUUUGGCUUUAUUUUUUAUUUUGCUUGAUGGUGAAGUGAUGAUGAUGAAAUGGUUCUACAGCAAAAUGGCGACGACAAUUUAUCUGAGUCCAUUCUUCUUCAUCUUUAUGUCUUCAAUCGUUUGAUUAGUUAGCUGCAGAUCUCCAACUGUCCCGUUACUCAGUUCCUUCAAUUCCUUGUAGUUAUUCUUAUGUUUAUCAUAAUUUGGUUCAUAUACUCCACCCUUGGUCUUCCUCUUCCGAUAUGACUUUUAACGUCACCUUUUAUGACGCUUUUCAUUACACUAUCAUGGCAUAGUAGAUGUCUUAUCAUUUUAUCUCUUCUAAAAUGUAUGGUAUACCAAAGUUUUCUCUUUUCCUUUAUUUUAUUUAAUAAUGCUUCAUUUGUUAUUCUUUCAUUUCCAUCAAUCUUUAGCAUUUUACGAUAACACCACGUUUCGAAUGCCUCUUGUUAACUUUUCUCUACUGUUCUGAAUGUCCAAGUUUCACAGCCAUAUAAGUCAAUACUCCAGACAUAUAUUUUAAGGAAAUUUUUCCUUACCUCUAAGGUCACACUAUUAGUGUUUAAUAGGUGUUUUUUUAUUCUGUAAAUUCUUUUUUGCUUGUGCUAUCCUAUUUAGAAUAUCAUCUUUGCUUUGUCCAACUACUGUUAUUUUAUUUCCCAGAUAAUUUAAGGUGAUGCACUUGUUCUAAGCGUGCGCUAUCUAUUUUUAUAUUAAGCUGAAUAGGAUUUAUCUUGCUGCACACCAUAACCUUUGCUUUUUUUUAUUUAAUCUCAUUCCAUAUUUAUCCCAUAAUAUUUUAUUUACAUUAGAUUAGAUGAUUUGCAGGUCAUUUUUCAUUUCUGCACAAAAAGCAAUGUCAUCAGUAAACCUGUGUUAAUGAUUUCACUCCCUUUUUUUACUCCUUGCUUAACUUCUAUUCUUAAUUCUUUCAUCACUUCCUCAAUAUAUAGAUUAAACAACAUAGGUGAUAAGUUGUAGCCUUGGGUCCAUUAUAGAUAAUAUAUAUAUUUUAGAUGCUUAUUUUAUGUUUUUUUGCCAGUUGGCGAUUGUUAUGAAAUAUUUUAUCUAGAAAUGAAUACUAAUAACACUAUAUUUAAUUUUUACAUUCUAUACUUAAUAUCAGUUAUUUAAUAAUAUGUAACAUGUAUUGUUGAUAUUUUAAUUUUAUUAUUAGAUUAAAAGAGACAAAAACGGACAAUCUCGAGGAUAUGGAUUUUUAAGGUACACCAAUUUAGAGUCACAAGUACGAGUUCUAUCACAACGUCAUAAAAUUGAUGGACGUAACUGUGAAGUUAAAGUUCCAAAAUCCAAGGUAGAAUAAUUUGUAUAACAUUUAACAUAAAACAAAUUGUAUCAGCUCAUUAUUCAUACAAUUUAGGAGGGAAAUACUUCAGAACUUUCUGGAAAAGUAUUUGUGGGUCGUGUAACAGAAGAUCUAUCAGCUGAUGACAUUAGAGAGUAUUUCAGUAAAUUUGGUGAAGUCAUAAAUGUUUUUGUACCCAAAAAUCCAUUCCGUGGAUUUGCGUUUGUAACUUUUCUCGAUCCUGAGGUGGCAGCUAGUCUAUGUGGUGAAGAUCAUAUUGUUAAAGACGUUUCAGUACGUGUUUCUGAAGCUGCACCAAAACCACAAGUACACAAAAAUCGCCAUCAAACUCCCCCGCCUAGUGAACCAUGGGAGCGGUCUAAUAAUCGUCAUAAUGACAGUUAUCGAAAUUGGUAUCAUCAACAGCAUGAUAAUCGAGGCAAUGUAGAUAUGCCUAAUCUACAGUCUUUGGGUAUAAACGGACAAGAUAGUUACAAUCCUAUGAUGCCUUUAAGCCCUGCCAUUGUUGCUGCUGCUCUUACACAAGCCGCUGGAUGGAGUCUAGCCAAUGGUCGUAUGAUGCCACCACCACCACCCCCCAGUGGAAACAACCAAUGGCCUCAGCGAAAUAACUACAACAACAGGAAGCGUGCUAAUAAUGAUUACAAUUCAUCGGGGAAUCGUUAAAUGAGAUAGGUAAUGGUUUAAUUAUAUAAAGUUUAAUAAUAUAAUAUUAGGAAUACAAUUUACUGUUAUGAAAUAAUGCUGGUUCUUUCAAGGAAUUUAAUUAGUAUACUAAUUAAAUAUUUGAUUAUGUAUAAAUAUAAAACUGGCUUAUAUUUUUUAGUUGACAUCUUGUUCAGACAGAAAUGUGGUCGAAGUAAAGGUCAUUUUUAUUAAAAUGUACCAUGUAUUCAAAAAAAUGAAUGUGUGGCAUAGCUGGAAAAUUCUUAUAUUACAAGACAAAUUUAAUACUAAUCAAAAUUAAAUAAAUAUACAGUAUUAAACAUAACAAACUUUAUCUUUAAAGCUGAUCAAAUUUGUGAAGUGGAUUUGGUUUCUUAACUAAUGAACACUGUAUUCGUUGACUGUCAUUCUUUUCUGUAUUGGAUAUAUGUUUACACACAUAUAUAUAAAUACAGAACUAUACAAUUUGUCUAUUAUUUAAAUUUGUUAAUAUAAAUUUCUUUAUUAUAAUAUAAACGUAUUUUAAUUAUUAAAGUAUUAAAAGUAUUAUCCUCUAUUGGUACGAAUGAAAUUACAAAUGGCUUUGAACGUAAUUUGUAUGAGAUUAUUUGAUUGAAAAAUGCGCUAUAUCAUUUAUAAUAUUGUAAAAAUAUUAUGUUUUACAUUCUUAUCUUUAACAUAUUAUGUAAAACAAAAAAUGGUUAUGUUUUUUCAACAAUUAUAUUUUUAUGUGUCUGUAUGUCUAAUGUAUAACUUAAGACUGGAUUGUAUUAUUAUCUAUGUAAUGAAAAUAAUGGAUGGUAUUAUGGCUUUCAAUAUCAGCAAUAUGAAAAAAAAAAAAAUUCACUAUUACGAUAAUAUUAGUAUCUUAUGUUAUUGGUUAAAUUUUGUUUUAAAUAUUCAACAUGUAUUCAUUUAUUAGUUAUUCAAAUAUAAUUAAAUUAUAUUAUUUACAAAGUCUCCUAGCAUUUAUUUUUGAUAGUCAAAAUUUUAUAAGAUUAUCCUAAAAUAAACCUUAUUAAAAAAACUAAUUUAAUAAUAUAUUUAUUUUAUAUUUACAUGGUAUUACAAUACUAUGAGUUUAUAAUUUUCAAAGGGGAAGGAGUUGUAGUUUAUUUUUAAACAUUAUAAAUUUAGCAUUUUUAUGAACAAAUGUGUGAGAAAAAAAAACCUUUUGGAAAUCUUAUCUCUAUGAUGGGUUUUUUGAAAGAUAAUGUUUAGUAUUAGUUCUUGAGAAUACCGCUUAAUUUUUGGUGAAUAUAAUUUCCUUUAAAAGUUUUUCACACUUUAACCACUAACCUAAUCUAAUAUGUUUGGUAUUUCAUAGGUCUCUUAAAAUUGAAAUCCAAUGAUAAAAUAAAUAUUUUUUGUUUUAGUUGUUUUUCAAAAGAUUUUGUUUAGUUUUACAAAUAAUAUUAAUAUUUGUUAUAUAUAUUAAAAUACAUGUUAAUAAAAGUAUACAAUAUUAUAAUACACGAUUGCCAUAAUCCUCCUUGUAUUUUAUUAUUUCUAGUCUGACUGAAUGAAUGGUGAUUUUAUUGUCAUUAUUAAUAUUAUUUUUUAUUGAUACUUUGUCUGUUGGCAUAAAAGAAGUUCAUAAAGUCUAAACUUGUAUUAAAUGUAUGUAAAAUCAUCUGCCUGUAUGGAGUACUCAGUUUUAACUGAGUUAAACAUGUCUUUUACAAUUUUAAAUUGGAAUAAUAAUAUGAUAAUUAUUUCCCCAUUGUCAAAAUUGCAAUGUGGGCUAUAAUACUGUCGAAUAGCUGUCAAUCUAUGUUGAUGAAUGUCUUCAACAAAUGGAACAUCUCCAAUGUUUUGUAAGUAUGUAUGUUUUCAUGUGCGUUUACUCAGUUUCUCAAUUAUGUAUAUUUUGAGUUUUGUUUAUUUUACUAGCAUGUAUGUAUUAUUUUUAUCCUAUUUAUUAUGUUAAGUAUUCAAAUAUUAUCUUGGAUUUAUUGACCAGUUUAUAUGAACAUUGAUUAAAUAUCUGGUAUUUA